CCGGACACCCAUUACCAAAGCCAUGUUUGUCACUGUGGAACGAGCCCGUGACAUCAACAUUGUGGGGGACAACCGCACCCUGCUGUUCGGCCGCGUGGUGGACGUGGCGGAUAACGGGCUCCACAUCGAUUUGCUGUGUCCCGGGCGUCGACGCGAAUUCGUGUCGUUAAACAGGGUCUCCCUUUCCGAGCGCUGCCUGAAUAGGUAUUGGAAUCAGACCGAGCCCCUUCCCGUGGAAGUGCUCCGACGUGAGUGUCCCGACGGGCCAUGGCGCUGGUGUCCCGCAAAAAUGAUAAAUCCUGCACGAAUUUGGGACGCAUCGUAUUGGUGUGAGUUCUGGGAGUGCUCCACUGUGGCCGUGGUUGAGGGCGAGAGCGAGGGUGGUGUUACCUGGACGGACAUCGUCCCCAAGCACCGUAUCCGCGAUCCCGUGCCGGAUAACUGGUGGACGGAGCAGCGGCCGAUACAUUUUAUGUGGUCGCGGCUGACGUUGCCCUUGCGCGUUGGACCGGGGCGCUUUGUGAAGUGCAACAUGCCGUUUCCCCUUGAGUGUCGUGGGGCGUCAGUGGCGCAGCUGGUGCAGGUGAUACAGGAUCUGCAGACAAUGUGGCGACGUGACUCCAAAGGUCAAGUGGUCUGGGUUGAUGUCGCGGAUGAGCAGGUGCAGUAUAUUGUGGAGGUAGGCGAUACUCAAGAUAGCUACGGGCGUCCGGAGGAAUUUCCGCCGCCACAGACCCAAGACGUGGCACAGAAAAUUGUGCGGGCGAUGCACAAUGCACUAAUCCGGGGUCUUCCUGGUAUCUUGCGUGCGAUUCAAGCUCCUGUUAAGUGUGUGAAUGUUUUGGGGACGAUGGAUGAAUGCUGUGUACUGCGGCUGGACGAGUGGCAGGAAGUGUUUACCCACUUGGACACGCCGACACAAAUCCAGCUGCGCGCGGUGUGCCCAGCGUGGGACGCUGUUCUGGACUUUCCCGAUUUGACGGCCAACAUUAUCAUCGAGACGGGUGGUACUAACCCACAGCUGCUUGAUUUACAGUACAUCCUCACGGCACUCAUCUUUAAGCGCCUGCGCUCCUCCACGAAGAAUGUUAUCCUCCAUGACCGCGAGCAGAGCAUCCACGUGCCGGAAUUUUAUACCAUGCUGGACAUGAUUCACUACGUAGCACAAAACCGCCCCGGGAUCCGUCUAACCGGAGUGUACGUGGCCGGCGUUACGAAUUUGUUUUCGCAACCGCGCCAUCCCGUUUUCUCCACGGACCCGCAAGCCUGUGAGGUGCACAAGCCAGGCGCCGGGAAUGGCUUCAGCGGCCACUUGGGCGAUCUGAUCGCAGCGUUCCGGGAUCUGCCUUGUAAUGCUAUCCAUCUGGUCCGGUGUAGGGUGCGCCUGCAGUAUGAUUUGACGAAACUGCUGAAGAUCUGGGAUACCAGCCUGGAGCUGGAUGUUGAUUUGCCCUGGACGCGUGUGCCGGUGGGCGGAGAUGUGGCGUCGACAGUGUGGGAAGCGGUGGAAGCGGCCUUACCGGCUCCCAGCGAAGCCGCUUCGCGGGCACUGUCGGCGUGGUUGGCGGCGAUCGAGGCGGAGGACAACCACGCGUUGCAUCGCAUGGCGGUCUGCAAAGUGCUGUGCACGACACAGACGGCGGAUCCGCGUCCGUCGUCGCUUCUUCGUGGGAAGAAAUGGUGCAAGGAUGGAUUGCAGGAUCUGCGCUGGGAAGAGCUGUCCCGUUUUUCACUGCGCUUCCUGCUGCUCCUUGGCCGUCGCCUUUCGAAACUGCUCACUGGUCCGAGUGACAGUGGCGGUUCUCCGUUAAAUAUUGUCUUGAAAUAAUCUGUUUUAUCGCUGCAUCUGUGUUAGCGUUGUGGACCACUCCGGUUUGCGUUUCCGUUUGUGCUUUGCUUUGAAGAUUU